GUGCCUACAUCAACCACCAUUCAACAGGUGCCGACAUCAACCACCAUUCAACAGGUGCCGACAUCAACCACCAUUCAACAGGUGCGGACAUCAACCACCAUUCAACAGGUGCCGACAUCAACCACCAUUCAACAGGCGCCGACAUCAACCACCAUUCAACAGGUGCCGACAUCAACCACUAUUCAACAGGUGCCGACAUCAACCACUAUUCAACAGGUGCCGACAUCAACCACCAUUCAACAGGUGCCGACAUCAACCACCAUUCAACAGGUGCCUAUAUCAACCACCAUUCAACAGGUGCGGACAUCAACCACCAUUCAACAGGUGCCGACAUCAACCACCAUUCAACAGGUGCCGACAUCAACCACCAUUCAACAGGUGCCGACAUCAACCACCAUUCAACAGGUGCCGACAUCAACCACCAUUCAACAGGUGCCGACAUCAACCACCAUUCAACAGGUGCCAUUAUCAACCACCAUUCAACAGGUGCCGAUAUCAACCAGCAUUCAACAGGUGCCGACAUCAACCACCAUUCAACAGGUGCCGACAUCAACCAGCAUUCAACAGGUGCCAUUAUCAACCACCAUUCAACAGGUGCCGACAUCAACCACCAUUCAACAGGUGCCGACAUCAACCACCAUUCAACAGGUGCCGACAUCAACCACCAUUCAACAGGUGCCAUUAUCAACCACCAUUCAACAGGUGCCGAUAUCAACCAGCAUUCAACAGGUGCCGACAUCAACCACCAUUCAACAGGUGCCGACAUCAACCAGCAUUCAACAGGUGCCAUUAUCAACCACCAUUCAACAGGUGCCGACAUCAACCACCAUUCAACAGGUGCCGACAUCAACCACCAUUCAACAGGUGCCGACAUCAACCACCAUUCAACAGGUGCCGACAUCAACCACCAUUCAACAGGUGCCGACAUCAACCACCAUUCAACAGGUGCCUAUUUCACACGUUGA